AAUCACACAGAUGUUUUGAAACACCAAGUUUAGUUUCUACAAUUAUUUCGCUUUGUUGAUAGCCAUUUACAAAAUAAUCAAGCAAUUGAUUGUUUUAUUAGCUAAUAUUAGUUGCUACCAUUGCCAGCAAGUUGGCUAACAACAGAUACUAGCUAGCUAGUACUGUAGCUAACGUUAGUAUUGGCUUAUUAUUUGCUAGCUAGCUGUACUGUGAAGUCAACUUCUUCAGUUGCAACUUAGCUAACUCGUCCAAAUGUAGCUAACAUGCUAAUGUGUUAAAGGAGCAAUGUCAUUGGAAUAGGUGCCAUCUUGUUAACAUACAGUUCCCAUUUUUAAGCUAGCCAGCUAAAGACAUACAUGGAGAAUCAAACACAUGCGAAGAAAGCGUCUGCGCCCUCUGUGUCCCAAAUCAAUGCAGAAUAUGUCACACAGUUGGCUAACAGAUACUGGGCUCCCCAUGCCAAGAAUAAACUACCAUUCGACCCAAAGGUCUUGGAGGAUGUCUAUGAGAAAGAGAUUCUCAAGUCCAAGUUCGCCAUUAGGAAGAUCAUGUUACUGGAGUUCAGCCAGUACCUCGAGAACUACCUAUGGGUGAACUACAAUCCCGAAGUCUCCAGUAAUGCCUACCUCAUGUCUAUCUGCUGCAUCGUCAAUGAAAAGUUCAGAGAGAAUGUCCCUGCCUGGGAGGUGUUUAAGAAGAAGCCCAGCCACUUCCCCUACUUCUUUAAGUGUGUGAUGGAGGCCGUGCUGGCUGGAGAGGAGGCUGGCCUGACUCUGAAGGAACAGACUGUACUGCUGGUCUUCCUCGACCACUGCUUCAACAGCCUGGAGGUGGAUUUGAUCAGAGAGCAGGUGCAGCAGCUCAUCUCACUGCCCAUGUGGACGUGUCUCUUACCAGUAAGAGCUCCUCUUAUCCUGCAGUGCUCCUAUGAGAGAGGCCUGUAAUUUUCAUCAUAUGUGACUUCCAGAGCCAAGAUGGAGAGGACAUUCCUUUCUGAGCUCAUUAAGAAGUUUCUGGGAGUUCUUAUGUCCAUCUCCCCAGCAGGCCCUGUACCCAUGGAGAAGGUGCACUACUGCGAGAGGUUCAUCGAGCUCAUGAUUGACCUUGAGGCCCUGCUCCCGACACGUCGCUGGUUCAACACGGUGCUGGAUGACUCCCACCUGGUGGUGAGCUGCCACCUGUCCAGCCUCAUGCAGAGAGAAAAGGAGGGACACCUCUUCUGCCAGUUAAUGGACAUGCUGAAGUUCUACACCGGCUUUGAGAUCAACGACCAGACAGAGAAGGAGAUGACUACGCUCCACUACAACAGAAUCGCAUCACUGCAGAAGGCAGCCUUUGCCCAUUUCCCAGAGCUGCAGGACUUUGCCCUGUCCAAUGUGGCAGCCGUGGACACACGGGAAUCCCUCACCAAACAGUUUGGCCAUCUCAGUCCCAACACUCUCCACUGGGUGGCCUCGUACCUAUGUCUGUUACCAGAGCUGGCAGAGGGACAGGACACCACCAAUGAGAAAGAGGUCCUCCUGGAGCUGCUGGUGUCUCGUCAUGAGAGGAGAAUCUCCCAGAUCGAGCAACUUAACCAGAUGCCUCUUUAUCCAACGGAGAAGAUUAUCUGGGAUGAGAACAUCGUCCCGACUGAGUACUAUUCUGGUGAAGGUUGUCUGGCUCUCCCUAAACUGAACCUGCAGUUCCUGACCCUCCACGACUACCUGCUGAGAAACUUCAACCUGUUCCGUCUGGAGUCCACUUACGAGAUCAGACAGGACGUGGAGGACGUGGUGACUCGCAUGAAACCAUGGCAGUCAGAGUAUGGUGGUGUGGUGUUUGGGGGCUGGGCCAGGAUGUCUCAGACCAUCACAGCCUUCUCCAUUGUGGAGGUGGCUAAGCCCAACAUUGGAGAGAACUGGCCCGCCCGCGUCCGAGCUGACAUCACUAUCAACCUCAACGUACGAGACCACAUCAAACACGAGUGGGAAGGGCUGCGGAAGCACGACGUUUGCUUUCUGGUCACGGUGCGGCCCAACCUGCCCUAUGGCACACGCUUCGACCGGCGCCAGCCCUUUGUGGAGCAGACAGGCCUGGCCUAUGUGAGGGGCUGCGAGGUGCAGGGCAUGCUUGACGACAAGGGUUGCGUCAUUGAGGAAGGCCCUGACCCCAAGCCCAAGCUGAGAGGAGACACCAGGACGUUCAGAGUGUGGCUGGACCCUAACCAGUACCAGCAGGACAUGACCAUCAGCAUCCAGAAUGGCACUGAGGACCCCUAUGAGUCCUUCAACAUCAUCAUGAGACGCAAACCCAAGGAGAACAACUUCAAGGCUGUCCUGGAGACGAUCAGGAACCUGAUGAACACUUAGUGUGUGGUCCCAGAAUGGCUCCAUGACAUCAUCCUGGGCUACGGCAACCCGGGCUCCGCCCACUACUCCAAGAUACCCAAUCAGAUCUCCUCCCUGGACUUCAAUGACACCUUCCUGUCCAUAGACCACCUGAGGUCCUGUUUCCCUGGUUACACCGUCAAGGUCACUGAGGACAACCCUGAGCUGCUGAUACCCCCCUUCAGAAUCAAGUUCCCUGUGCAGAACAGGGCCGACAAAGGCAAGAAGAGGAAAGCAGACUCGGAUGAAGAGGAGGAGAAAAAGGAGGAAGACAAAACGCUUAUAGUGGAGCCUCAUGUCACACCCAACCGGGGGCCCUACCCCUACAACCAGCCCAAACGAAAUACCAUCCAGUUUACACCAACUCAGAUUGAGGCCAUCCGUGCUGGAAUGCAGCCUGGACUCACUAUGGUGGUGGGUCCUCCAGGUACUGGAAAGACGGAUGUGGCCGUCCAGAUCAUCUCCAAUCUCUACCACAACUUGCCUGAGCAAAGAACCCUCAUAGUCACACACUCCAACCAGGCUCUGAACCAGUUGUUUGAGAAGAUCAUGGCUCUGGACAUAGACGAGCGUCACCUCCUGCGUAUGGGCCACGGAGAAGAAGCACUGGAGACUGAGAAAGACUUCAGCAGGUAUGGGCGUGUGAACUACGUGCUGGCCAGGAGGCUAGAGCUGCUCAGAGAGGUGGGCCGUCUGCAAGAGAGUCUAGACGUCCCCGGAGACGUGUCCUACACGUGUGAGACCGCCGGACACUUCUACCUCUACCAGGUGAUGUCUCGUUGGGAAGAGUACAUGUCCAAGGUCAGGUGUAAGCAGGGCCGGCCGGUGGAGGCGGAGGCCGUGGCUACACACUUCCCCUUCCACAAGUAUUUCUCCAACGCCCCCCAGCCUGUGUUCCACGGUCGCUCCUACGAAGAAGACCUGGACAUCGCUGAGGGCUGCUACCGACACAUCAAGAAGAUCUUUACCCAGCUGGAGGAGUUCCGUGCCUUUGAGCUGUUGAGGAGCGGACUGGACCGCUCCAAGUACCUGCUUGUGAAGGAGGCUAAGAUCAUCGCCAUGACCUGUACCCACGCUGCCCUCAAACGCCAUGACCUGGUGGAGCUGGGCUUCAAGUAUGACAACAUCCUGAUGGAGGAAGCAGCUCAGAUCCUGGAGAUUGAGACCUUCAUCCCUCUCCUGCUACAAAACCCAGAAGACGGCUACAGCAGGUUGAAGCGUUGGAUCAUGAUAGGAGACCACCACCAGCUGCCCCCCGUCAUUAAGAACAUGGCCUUCCAGAAGUACUCCAACAUGGAGCAGUCCCUGUUCACCCGCUUCGUACGCCUGGGGGUACCCACCGUUGACCUGGAUGCCCAGGGACGUGCCCACGCCAGUCUGUGUAAUCUGUAUAACUGGCGCUAUAAGCAGCUGGGGAACCUGCCCCAUGUACAGCUCCUGCCCCAGUUCCAGGCCCCCAACCCUGGCCUGACCUUCGAUUCAGAGCCCAACCCUUACUUCUACCAGAACCUGGGUGAGGCAGAGUACUGUGUGGCUCUGUUCAUGUAUAUGCGUCUGCUGGGUUACCCUGCCGACAGGAUCAGCAUCCUCACCACCUACAAUGGACAGAAACACCUCAUCAGAGAUGUCAUCAACCAGCGCUGUGCUGGGAACCCCUGCUUUGGACAGCCCAACAAGGUGACGACGGUGGACAGGUUCCAGGGUCAGCAGAAUGACUACAUCAUCCUCUCACUGGUCCGCACCAGAGCUGUCGGACACCUGAGGGAUGUGAGGCGGUUAGUGGUAGCCAGGUCCAGGUCCAGGCUGGGCCUGUACAUAUUUGCUCGGGUCAGUCUGUUCCAGAACUGCUUUGAGCUGACCCCUGCCUUCAACCAGCUCACUGCCAGACCCAUGAAGCUCCACAUCAGACCCAACGAGUACUACACACAGGGACAGCCCAGAGAGCCUCACUCGUCCCAGCUUGACCAGGUGAUCAAGAACAUGCCGGAGAUGGCCAACCUUGUCUACAACAUGUACAUGCACAUGAUCCAGAGCACCCAGCAGUACAGACAGCAACAGCAGAAGCUCCUGCCUCCCCCUCGGCAGACCCAGGCAGAGGCAGCAGCCCAGGCAGAGGAGGACCAAGCCGAGCCCCCAGUUAAUGUGGAUAACCAGGAGGAGACCCCCAUAGAGCAGGAGCCAGCAGGGGAGGCCAGCCCAGAGAAAACCCCACAGGAGACACCAGAGAAAGGGGACCAAGAGGAGAAGGUGCCUGAGGAGCACCCCAAAAUGCCCGAGCACCCUGGCCGAGAUAGUGACAGUGAUGGAGAGGAUAGCGGAGCGGAGGAUGCCCCUUAAAGUGCCCCCUAGGGGCCAAUGUGGGCCCCUGCAUUGCUUUAUUCUGGCACCAACUAGACUUUCCUUAGAAAAGAGCUUAGAGCUAAAAUGAUGAUCCUAUUGUGGAAUUAAUUUUCUACUGAAGCCAUGAAGAUGACACUGGAUGCUUUGAGGAUAAUGUUUAAUUCGAUUUUCCGAGAUGGUCUGUUUUGUAAUCAAUACUUUUUUGGUAAAAUAAUUCUCAAUGUGA